AUGGAAGUUUAUAUUGCUGUUCCAUUACUUCAACAUUUAACUAUUAUUUUACGUUUACAUAAAGCUAAAAGAAGGCGUAUACAACAACAACAAAUGGCUGCUGGUUAUGGAUAUGAAAGGCAGGGAAGAAGAUAUCAUGACAUAACUAGAUUAGCUAAAACAAGCCGUUUUGAAUCAGAGGAAAGUCUUGAAUUAACAGAAACACCUCCCAUAUUAAUUAAUGCACCUCCAAGAAUUGAAGUAACUACAGAAUUACCUCAACAACUUUUGCAAGUACAUGAACGGUUACAUGAACAACAAAGAAAGGAAAUAAAUGUUCAUGAGGCAAUUAAAAAGAAUAAAUUUUUUGAUUUAAAAAAAAUUUUCUUUAAGGCUUUGGGGACUUCCUUUGAUUAUCAAUUAGCUGGUCAACACCACGAAGGCCGAGCUUUUCUUCGUACUCAGGGCCGUGUAUAUUCUGAAGAAUCUAGUGUUUCUUCUUAUGGGGCAACAACAACAACAGAACCUAAACAAGGAAUAUAUUCGAUGGAAAUGAGCGGACAAUUACUUGAAGGAAUGGAUAGAUUACGUCCAAUGAAACGUUAUGAAUCUGAAACUUCAAUUGAUUACGAAGAAAGAGCUGGUGGAGGAAUUACUCAUGUUAAUAUGGUCAGAAAAGAAGAUAAAGGCUCUUUUGAAUUAACUAUUGUUUGUGAUAAUAAAUGGAAUAUUAUUCCUUUACCGUCAUUAAAAGCCUUUGAACGUCCAAAACAACUUUAUGAAGCAAUGGAAUUUAUGAAAACAAUUGAAAAGGAAAGAAUUGAAGAAGCCCGUUCUGAAAUAAUCCAAAAAUGUUCAAAUAAUUUAAUUGCUAAUUUUAAUACAAUUGCCCAACAAUCAUCACAAAUAACACUAUUUUGUGCUUUCGAAAGUGAUAUUCGAAAAAGAGAUUUUUUAACAGAAAAAUUAAAUAAAGCAAUAAAUAUUGAAAGAAUUGCUCCUUUCUUUGCAACAGAAUUUAUUUCAGAAAAUGUAAAUCUCAGUUUGAGUAUUGGAGCUUCUGGACGUCUUUUAGUAGCUCCAGAUGUAUUUAAAAUAUUAAAUGAAAGAAGAGAAUCACAUGGACAUCAAUUCAAUACAAUAGCCCAACAAAUGUCUCAAUUAACUCAACAUGUUCAUUUGGAAAGAAAAGAAUAUGAAAAUUCACAAUUUAGUGUUGAAUCUAGACCUAUUAGAUUGCCUAGAAUUGAUAUGAGUUUUUGUUAUAUUGCGUUUAUACAUAUUGGAAGUAUCGUUUAUGUUAGAUAUAUUCGUCAAAAUAUUCGUGAAUUUUCUAUUCAAGAUGAACAUUGUUCUGUUUUGAUGGAACAUAGAAGCGCUAUGGGAGAACAAACAACUGCAGAUUGGGGAUACUCUGUUUCAGGUUCCGAGCUUCGUUUUCAUUGGUCGGCCCCUCCGCCCGGCCUAGAGGAGCGGCUGCCGCCGCUUCCUCCGCCUCUCUCGCCUCGCGCUGUUUCUCCCCUCGAGAGUGUUUUUGUUCACCAAAGCACCAGCACCACAAUUCACGAAUCUGAGAAACAACGUUUUGCUGUGUCCCAUUUUGUGGCACUUCCAACAACAAAAGAAAGCGAUGCGCGUUUGGCUGAAUCAAUUAAAGCGAGCGCAACUUGGGUAGAAUCUUUACCGGAACCACAACCAAUACCAUCUAUUUCGACAUUUGAACAACAAAAGAAAAUAGCCCAAAGAGAUAUUCAAGUUGAAGGACCACCAAAAAGAGCUAAAUCUAUUCAAUUAGAACAGCCUUGGAGAGAAGAUAGAACAAUUCAAGUAAUUGAAACAAUUCAAAAGCCUCAAUUACUUGGUGCAUUUAUACAAACUGAACAAAAAGAAAUGAUCGGGAAGUCAACACAAAUGGAAGAAGAACCAAAGAUAGGGCAACAAUCUGUUCAAGCAUUACCUCAACCCAAACAAAUUCGUUCAGUUCAAACACUAAAAGAAGAACAAAUAAAAUAUACUCAAUCUGAAAAGCCUUUAAUUGGAGAAAAAACUAUAGGAGUAGAAUUACCUUCUUUAGGAGAUAAGUCAAUACAAGUACUUAAAACAGAACAAUUUGAAAGAAUUUCUCAAACAGAAGAUAAAAUAACAGAAACAAAAGAAAUUCAAGCAAAACAAGAAUUAAAUAAAAGGGAAGUACAAACUGUUGAAAUUAAACAAGAAAAUAAAGAAGAUGCUUCUCAAACAGAAGAAAUGAUAAAAAAGGGAGGAAAAACAAUUGGUGUAAAUCUUCCUUCUCUUACUGCUCGAACAACACAAGCACAGAGAAUAGAGCAACAAUUAAUGGCUAUACAAACACAAGAAGUUCCAACAGGUUCAAAAACGGUUGAAGUAGAACAACCAAAAAUUGAACUUCCAAAGAGAAGAGCACAAUCUGUACAAUCAGAAAGGGCAAAAAGAGAUGCCAAAUCAGUACAGGGACAGCCUGAAAUGUUAUCUAAAGAUUUACAAUCACCGAGGGCAAGUACUGAAGAGAGGACAAUACAAACAGUAGAAAUGCCUAAAACAGAAGUUCGAGCCGUUCAAUCAGAAGUUGGAAUACGCCAUAUACAUUCAUUCCAAACACGUCCAGAAUUUGGAUUAAAAACAAGUGAAACUGAUUUAACACAACUAAAAGAAGAGGAAACACAGUCAGAAAUAACACAGAUUACUGACCGUACAAUCCAAUCAGUACAAAAAGAAGAGCAAACAAAAGAAACACAAGCAAAACCAACAUUAGGAGGGAAAGAAUUCCAAACAGAAAAGGAAAUAGUAGAAAGUCGAGGAACCCAAAUGGAUAGACCUAAACUUCAGGUCCAAGCAGUUCAGUCUGAAAAAGUUCUACAAGCUGCAGGACAAACUCAAGUAGAAGAGAUUGUACUUGGGAAAUGUACUAUACAGGCUGGACCUGCACUUGGAGAAAAAUCUGUCCAAAUGGAAGUACCUGAACAUGUAACACAAGAAGUACAAGUAAAACCAACUAUUUCAAGUCGAUUACUUCAAACACCAGUAAUUCAGCAAUUGGAAAUGUCAACACAAUCAGAACAGACAAUUCUCGAAGCAAGGGGUACUCAAAUGGAUAAAACUGUAUUACAAGGGAGAGAAGUUCAAUCUGAGAUUGUUGAACUAUUUGGACGUGGAACACAAUCAGAAGGUCCACAACAAAGCUGCCAGGCUAUUCAAGCUUCUCCUUGGAUGGAAGGAAGAAUAGCUCAAACUGAAAGUCCAGAACAGAAACAUCAAGCUGUUCAAGCAGAAAAACCUCUCCUUCGUACUAUAAAGUCAGAAUCAACACCUAGAGAGAUUGCUUCUAAAAUAACUUCAUCAGAAGAAAUUCAAUUAAUGCCAAAAUCAGUUGGUGUAAGACAAGAAAUGUCUAUUGGAGAAACUCAAAUGGAAGGUCCAACAAAAUUGAUACGGACAGUUUCAGCUGAUGAACUUAGAAAAUUAACAACCGAAAUGUACGUCCAAACACUUGGAACUUGUCAAGAAGACCAAGGUACAAUGACUAUAGAAGAAAAGAAGAAAAUUUACAAAAGCUGGGAAGGACAAGUUUUGGAAGAACAAAAAGAAGAACAAAUAGUCAGCAUCAAUAAAUAUGUUGCUGCACCUGUUGAAAUUGAAACUGUAUGA